CCCCUCUCCGAUGGAGUUAGUUCCAGUUACCACCGGCAGGUGUCAUUCAAGUGUUCGACCUCUGCUCUCGGUGCUCGCACCCUCGCCUUUACGUCGCAACAGGAGGUGCCGGGCGUCGAAGAUCGCUUGCGAGGGCGUCGGGCAGGGCUCGAGGUGCGUCGGCGGGCGAAGGGCGCGUCGAAUCAUCGGCCGAGUCGGCUCAGGGACGGCGCAUUCGUCGCGCAGGGCAGCUAUGCUUGGUCUUCGGAGAUGCCUGCAAGGGGGCGUGAGGGGCGGAGGGGGCGUGGCCGCAGCUGAGCGGGGCCUUCUUUUGGGGGGCCCGAGCAGAAACAGGCGGGCCGUCGAGCGGAAGACUACUUGUUGGAGCAGCAGCGUGUCCGCAAUGUCCACGAUGGCGUCCGGAGACUGCAAAUGCCUGACCCUGGACAACAUGAACCCGUGCAUCAAGACGAUGGAGUACGCGGUUCGUGGCCCGCUCGUCAUCAGGGCCACCGAGAUCGAGCGAGAGUUGCAACAGGGUGUGAAGAAGCCCUUCACCGAGGUCAUCAAGGCCAACAUCGGCGACUGCCACGCCAUGGGCCAGGUUCCGAUCACCUUCAUCCGGCAAGUGCUGGCCCUGGUCGCCUACCCUCCCCUGCUCGAGUCGCCGCAGUUCCCUGAGGACGCCAAAGAGCGGGCCCGGACGAUUCUGGCCGGCUGUCGAGGCAGCAGCGUCGGCUCGUACACGGACUCGCCAGGCAUCGAGGUCAUCAGGCAGCACGUGGCCAGGUACAUUGAGCGCCGCGACGGAGGAAUUCCCUGCGACUGGAACAACAUCACCCUCUGUGCCGGAGCCUCCGACGGAAUCAAGGCUGUGAUGAAGUUGUUGGUGAAAGAGGAGGGUGGCAAGAAGCCAGGCGUGAUGAUUCCCAUCCCCCAAUACCCGUUGUACUCGGCCACCAUCGCAGAGUUCGACAUGCACCAGGUCGGCUACUACUUGAACGAGUCCAACGCGUGGGCUUUGGACAUUCCAGAGCUGCAAAGAGCCUACGAAGAGUCCAAGAAAUGCUGCAAUCCCAAAGCAAUCGUCAUCAUCAAUCCGGGAAAUCCAACGGGCCAAGUUUUGUCCAGGCAAAACAUCGAGGACGUCAUCAAGUUUGCUUACAAGGAGAAGCUCUUCAUUUUUGCUGAUGAGGUGUACCAAGACAAUGUCUACGCCGAAGGCAGCAAGUUCUACUCAUUCAAAAAGGUGCUCACGGAACUCGGCAAGCCGUACAGUGAGAUGGAGUUGGCCUCUUUCAUGUCCUGUUCCAAGGGCUACAUGGGCGAGUGUGGCCUCAGAGGAGGCUACUCUGAGGUCAUCAACCUCGACCCUGACGUCCGUGCAAUGCUUUUGAAGAGCAUUUCCGCCAUGCUUUGUCCCACAGUUCUUGGCCAGGCCACGAUGGACUGUGUCGUGAACCCACCACAGCCCGGCGAGCCUUCGUACGAAAAGUUCCAGCAGGAGAAAAAGGCAGUGCUGGAUUCACUGGCCCUUCGCGCCAAAAUGGUCGCCGAUACUUUCAACAGCAUCGACGGAAUUCAGAGCAAUCCAGUACAAGGAGCCAUGUAUGCCUUUCCCAAAAUCACCAUCCCCGAAAAGGCGGUUGCGAAGGCUAAAGAGCUGGGACAGGCGCCUGAUGCUUUCUACGCUUUCCAACUGCUCGAAAACACCGGCAUUUGCAUCGUUCCGGGAUCAGGAUUUGGUCAAAUUCCAGGAACAUAUCACUUCAGGACAACAAUUCUGCCUAUGCCCGAAAAACUCAAGUUCAUGUUGGAGAAAUUCAAGGAAUUCCACCUGAACUUUGUCAAGCAGUACUCUUAGGCCCCUCCCUCUGUAAGUGUCGUCCUUUCUUUGUAUAUUUUUACAUCAUUCCUCGGAUAAUUUUAAAAUGGGAACAUCACUUUGUAAAAAGCAAAAUUAGAAUUUAAAAUUAAGAAGAAUUUAAAUACACUCUGAGGUUGGAGCUGGCCACUUUUCACAUAUUAUAUUUUGUGCGUAGUCUACUUUAGACAUGUUCGGAUUAACACAAGUUUAAAUGAGUGCUCAAGCUUACAUGUUCAUAAUUCAAUAAUUUUACCAGUGCAACUCGAGUAUUAUUAAAAUUUUACAUAAUUAAUUGGAACAAAUAUUUUAAAGUGUGCCAUAGCUUUGUACUAAAUUUUUAUUACUUGCGUUGACAGUUGCACUUGUUUUUACUUCACAGAACUAAAAAUUAUAUACAUACAUGUGAUUUUUCAUGCUGAACAACAAAUAUUUGUGUUAGCGGUGUAGUUUAUUCGUAAGGAUUUAUUAAAGACACAAUUUUGCUAAUGUUAAA